ACUGUAUGGGUAAAAUCCGAGAGGUUUCGUGAUACUUGAAUUCACCAUAUUCUUGUUUGACGACCCAAGUCGGAUUCUUCGUUACGUGCUUCGUACGGUUUGAACUGUCAUCAAAUUCGAAAUGUUUUUAUUUUAUCGUGCCAUAUCGUUCGUUAACACACAACAAAAGUCAAAUUAACAAAUAUUCAUUCCCAAGCAAUCACUUUUGGCACAGGUAAAAAAUGUUAGUCAUCAAUUUUAACUCCGUCCUUCUCAUUCUUGACACGUUGUGAUGACAGUGAAACCUGCAUGAACAUCAUGAACAAAUGGUUGUGCUUAAUCAUAUUAAAUGGUGCCACUAAUGUAUUUGGUCUCAUAGAUUAUGACUUCAACAUUUUCGAGAACCUCAACCAGAUCCAAAAUAUUUACCACAAUGAAUCGUAUCUCUACGAAGCUCUCAAAACCUACCGGACGAAUUUGGUCAAAGUUCGUGAUUCAGUGACCAAAGACUAUCUUCAAAAUGCUAAACAUAGUGAGACUUUGGAUCAUACUCAUCCAAUCAAUGUGUUUAACAAGAUCAAGCAAUGGAUGAGGCUCGGGCUCGCUUUGUCUUCAAAGGAAAUCAAGCAGUCAAGAAAAGACCUCAAAGAGGUUUUGAACGAGAAAAUGACCUCCUUUCCAAAGUUUGAAGACGCUAAAUCGGCUUUGAGAGGUCUUCUUUAUCUGUUCGAAACCUAUGGUGUUGACCCCAUAGAGGCUUCCCAAGGGAAGGUCAAAGGAGUGGAACUUCCCCAUACCAAAAUCGAGUUUGAGAGCAGAGAGGUUUUAGAUGCCAUUGAUUUUGGUGUUAUGGGAGAAAUCGCUUUGGCUGAGAAUCGAUUCGCCUCGGCUGUGGACAUGUUUAAGGCCUAUGAUGUCCUAAUUCCAAGGCAUAUGGAAGCAUACCCAGAUGCAAAGAAUAUUCUGGGCUUCUUUGAGGGUCAGAAGAAGAAACUGAUCGAUUUGAACAACCAAUAUCUGAUGAAACGGAAGUGUUUUGUGGGCAAGCACUUUCACACUACCAAGAAGCUUCUCAAUCCCGACUUGACGCCCAAGAAGAACCAAGGAAAAAUGGCUCCCAAACACUUCACCGCCGAUCUUGGAAGCAAUAAAGGUCUCGACUAUUUCUUUCAAUCCACUUGUCGCGGGGAAAGCAUGGACACAGCUGAGGUUCUUAUAAGAUUGAAGCGGGAGACUCUCAAAAAUCCACCAAAGUGUACUCUCCUCCAUCACAACAACCCAUUCCUGAGAUUGGCUCCAUUUCCAUUGGAGAUAGUGUCCACGUCGCCCUACAUCGUGAUAUUUCACGGGAUCUUGUCGGAAGAGGAGAUUCAAUUUCUUAUUGAAUAUUCCAAACCCAGAUUGUCUAUAAACCGAGAUGAAAGUAAUCGAGGUUUAGAUCCAGUUCAUUCGGCAGACGCGGGGAAAGUUCGGAUCGUGGCCAAAAGUGUCCAAUGCUGGUUGAAAGACAUCGCAUACAAGAGCAACACCCGGGAUGAUAGUAGCUUGGUGGCUCAAUUCAUUGAGAAUGGGAUUGAUCAUGACACGGAAUAUCGAGUCCUUCUUCCCAUCAUGUACAAACUCUCCAAGAAGAUCGAGAUGGCCACCAGGAUGAACGUGACGGGCAAAUACUCUUCUACCGACUAUCAAACCACAAACUACGGCUUAGGCGGGCUCUGUGAGGCUCAUAUCGAUCCUCAUGGAUAUCAAGAAGGCUUAGAAAUCCCUCCGGAACGAGAGGGUCUCAAAUUAACCGGAGACAUGUUUGCCACAUUCAUGGCUUGGCUCAACGAUGUCGAAGCAGGCGGGGCCACGGCCUUCUUGGAUCCUGGGCAUGAAAUCGCAGUCUGGCCAACCAAAGGGUCAGCUGCCUUCUGGCUCGAUCUGACGCCCAUAGGGUUUCGUGAUAGCCGCACACUCCACGCGGGUUGUCCCAUCUUGAAGGGCUCCAAAUGGAUCCUGAAUAAGUGGAUAUUCUCCUAUGAUCAAUUCCAAAAUUAUCCAUGUGGCUUGAACCCACGAGACCCAUACGAAGGCUUUAAAGGGUUUUACUAACGAAAAAAAUAUUGUUUCUGUGAUACCGUGAUAGAUAUUAUGCUUAUUUUAGGUCAAAUAAAUAGUUUCGUA